GGGGGUCGGGCCGUGAGGUCGCCACGAGGGCGGGGGUCGCGGGCGCUUCCCCGGCCUCUAGGCUGGGCUGCCCGAGGAGCCCCCGGAGCCGCCUGGGGGCCUCCGCCGGCGCCGCCGCUGCCUAGCGGGUUUGACGGAGAUAGAUGAGGAGGCCGCCCCCGCGCGAGGGCUGCAGAGCGGCGGGUCCUAGCGCCGCCCGCCGCCCCCUGGCGGGCCGCCCCUGCAGCCCGCGGCCCGAGCGGCCUAGCCCUCCGAAGCGCGUCCGGGACGCCGAUGGCAGCGCGCGGCCUGGCUCAGGUCCUAGCUACCGCGUGUCUCAGUGCGAGCCUGUCCUGCCUGAGCUGCUGGGCCCCCGGUGGCCGCGGCUCGGCUCCUCUGCAGCUUCUGGGGCGAGGGCCGCCCUACAGUAGUUCAUUUUCAUCACAUUUGUUCCAUCAAAGCCCAGUCAUUAUGUCAGCUUCAAAUGGUGCUGAUGAAAAUUCCCACAACAAGGCUCGGACAUCACCUUAUCCAGGUUCAAAAGUUGAACGUAGUCAGGUACCCAAUGAGAAAGUGGGCUGGCUUGUUGAGUGGCAGGAGUAUAAUCCCGUGGAAUAUACUGCAGUCUCUGUCUUGGCUGGACCCAUGUGGGCAGAUCCACAGAUCAGUGAAAGAAAUUUUUCUCCAAAGUUUAAUGAAAAGGAUGGACAUGUUGAACGAAAGAGCCAGAAUGGCUUGUAUGAGAUUGAAAAUGGACGACCUAGAAAUCCAGCAGGUCGGACAGGACUGAUUGGCCGGGGACUUUUGGGACGUUGGGGCCCAAACCAUGCUGCAGAUCCCAUCAUUACUAGGUGGAAAAGGGACAGCAGUGGAAAUAAAGUCAUUCACCCUCAUUCUGGGAAAAAUAUCUUACAGUUUGUAGCAAUCAAAAGGAAAGACUGUGGAGAAUGGGCAAUCCCAGGGGGGAUGGUGGAUCCAGGAGAGAAAAUCAGUGCUACCUUAAAACGAGAGUUUGGUGAAGAAGCUAUGAACUCCUUACAGAAAUCCAGUGCUGAGAAGCAAGAGAUGGAGGAGCAGUUACACAAGCUCUUCAGCCAAGAACAUUUAGUGGUUUAUAAGGGAUAUGUGGAUGAUCCUCGAAACACUGAUAAUGCAUGGAUGGAGACAGAAGCUGUGAACUAUCAUGAUGAAACAGGUGAGACAAUGGAUAAUCUGGCUCUGGAAGCAGGAGAUGAUGCUGGGAAGGUGAAAUGGGUGGACAUCAGUGACAAGCUCAAGCUUUAUGCUAGUCAUUCCCAGUUCAUCAAACUUGUGGCUGAGAAGCGAGGAGCUCACUGGAGUGAGGACUCAGACCCGGGCUGCCAUGGAUGAUGGCUAAAGAAUCUCCAUGUAUAUUUCAGGUCUUCAAGUGAACAGUGGUGGAGGGCACGGAACGCAAAUUAGAGAGGGCAGGUCACCUAUUUGGAUGGUUGUUCUAUUCAUUUCUGAAAUUGUAUUUGAGUGUUUUUGGGUCAUGGGUAUGAUAGAAAAUAGAAUGGAAUGCUUAAAGAGAAGAAAAGCUUUCUAGCUAGGAGAAGAGGAAUAUAAAAAGUAGUCUUCUGUACAUGUUAUAUUUAGCCAUGGCUUAAACCAAAUUAAAUUACUGCUGCUUUUUGAAGACUUGCAGACCUAAAUAAAGACAUGACUGACUGAAUGAAUAUGUGCCUGAUGACCGUCUUCUCCACUUUCUUCCCAGCUGGGUUGGUUGGUUCUUUCCUGCCAUUCCUUCCCUCUUGCUGUUCUGCACUCGAAGCGUGGAGUGUUGCUGCUUCUUUUAGGACACUCUGCUCCAGAAGGAGCGACAUCAUUGGAGAGUCUCCUGUAAAGCCUAAUUCCUUUUGUAUCACCUACUUCAAAUUUAGCUUUGGGUGGCCAUGUGGAAGCUGCUUUUAAGAACUGAACAUUUUUGGGCAUUCUUGACUUUGAAAGGAUCAAUUUUAUGAAAAAAUUCUAGAUAUUCUUUUCAUGAAUGGUGAGAACCAGAGCUCACGUUGUUUCCAUUUUAGAAAAUUCAUCUCAAUAAAAACUUGUCUAGGAAUUGAGUAAUUUAAA